AUGGAUUGGUUGAGAAUAAGAAGGCUUGGAGCCAAGACAAGGCAGGGGAACGUCAAAGAAAAUGGCGAGGUUGUUCUGAAGGAGCUCGUUGAAUGUUGUGAUGGAAAAUGCAAUCCUAUCAAGAACUUCUCUUACGAUCAGAUCAUCAAAGCAACAGAUAACUUCUGCCAAAGCAACCGUGCUUCCCGGAUUGAUAUCUAUUACCGUUGCUAUAAAGGCAUGCUCGAUGACCGUCCUGUACUCGUCAAGAAAGGGAAAUACACGCUUGAUAUGAGAGAGAUUUGUCGGGACAUAGCGAUCUCAUCGAUGGUGAGCGGUCAUAAGAACUUCCUCAAGCUAUUGGGAUGCUGUCUUGAGUUCGCUCCUCCUGUCUUAGUCUUUGAGUACGCGGAGAUUAUAACUCUUGGUCCACUAGUUGCGUCUGAUCUGAAAAACUUGAGGAGGAUAAAGAUAGCAAGAGAGGUCGCAAACGCUUUGACUUACCUUCACACUGCGUUUUCAAGGGCUUUCAUCCAUUCGAAUCUAGAUCAUUUCACGUUUUUCUUAGAUGAAAAUGGGAUCGCAAAGCUCGGGAAUUUCUGCAACUGUAUCUCCAUUCCCGAAGGAGAGACUUUUGUUCAUGAUGAUGCAUUACAGAAGUACCAUGAGUUUAGGCGCAGUACCUUAAAGGAAACUCAUGGACUCGGUGUAUGUUACGUACCAGUCAUCGAUCCUGAGUACAAGUCAACCGGUAAGGUCACGACGAAGACCGAUAUGCACAGCUUUGGAGCGUUCAUGCUAGGUCUUGUGCAGAUAAAGGAAGUCGAUGAUGAGCUGUCUCUAUCUUCAGGUAUGCUGAAAGCAUUAGCUGAUUUAUUCAUUCAACCUUAUGACGAUGCUCGAUUCCCGCUUCACCAUCACGUGUCGAAGAUACUGAGGAAGUUUGGGUAUGCAGAUGUUAUAGAUUCGGAUAUAAGUAGAGAUGUGAGUGAUGUACAUGCUUCGCCGGUUAAGGCCUUUCUUAGAUUAGCUUUGAGAUGCAUCGGAUGCAACUUAGGAGACCCGUUGAGUAGCAUGAUUCAAGUGGCGAAAGAGCUCAAGCUGAUUGAGAAAUCUGCAAAUUAUCCAUCAAAUCGCAGAUGA